UAUACACUCCAUUGCUGUUUCAUCGUUUCGACACGGUUUAAAAGGUCUUUUAUAUGUGAAUGCUGAUCUCAAUCAGUACUGUUCAAGACUCACGUCGAGCCAGUUAUCAAACAGAAUUCUUCCAUUAUAUUCAUAAGAUAGCUCCAAGGUAUAUCCAAGUCUCUCCGUAGGAAUUUAAGUUCAAAGUGAAACAAUGGCUUCAAUAAAAUUAGUACCAUUCGAGGAAGAAUUGAAGAAAAAUCCCGAAUUGAAAGAGGCAGAUAUACAAAUGUUGAGAGAAUGGUGUGAGAAGCAGCCUCAUCUACCAAAGAUAUCGGACAGCGAAUUGGCGUUGUUCUUACAUAGCAAUUAUUAUCGACUCGAACCAACAAAAAGUACCAUUGAUACUUUCUUCACGGUCAGAACUCACGUACCUGAGUUCUUCUGCAAUCGAGAUCUUAACAACAAGGAGCUCAAAAAGGCAGCACAAACGGUAACAGAUCAGAUUUUGGAAGGAACCACUAGAGAAGGCUAUAAAAUCAUUUAUGGAAGACUUCUAGAUAAUGAUCCAUCGCAUUUCGUUUACAACGAUGCCAUGAAAUUAUUAAAUAUGGUGAUCGAUCUAUGGCUUUACACGGAGGGCACUUGCGAAGGCCACGUAAUAUUAUUCGAUAUGAAAAAUGUUUCUUUCGGUCAUGUUGGCCGUUUAAGCCCUAUGGGACUAAAAAAGUUCCUCUAUUAUUUGCAAGAUGGAUUGCCUGUUAGGUUGAAGGGUUUCCAUUUCAUGAAUGCUUCUCCGAUAAUAGAUACCAUUUUGAAUAUGAUGAGACCUUUUAUGAAAAAGCAGUUGAUGGAUAUGUUUCAUAUGCAUACCACAAAUGACACUUUGGAGAAAUUCGUACCGCUCGAAGUUCUCCCGAAUGAAUCAGGCGGUCAAGCCGGUCCCAUACAGGAAUUACAUGACAAACAAAUAAAAAAAUUGGUAGAUCACAUUGCUUGGUUCCAAGAGGAAGAAGCUAAUCAUCGCGUCAACGAAUCUCUGCGACCGGGCAAGGCAAAGACAGCAACAGAUUUGUUUGGCGUCGAAGGAAGCUUUAAGAAGCUUGAAAUUGAUUAAUCUAUCAGAUAUUUUACUUUAUUAACGCUCUAUUAAUUUUGCUCUAUUAAU